AUGAUUUGGCGGGUAAAGUGUUUUGGUCAGCAAUAGAAACUAAGAAAGUAAACAAAAACUGUCUCUUCUUUUAAUUUCAGCAUGGGAAUUCUAGGUUUAUCAAAGUUACUUGGCGACUAUGCUCCAUCUGCAAUGAAGGAAAAUGAAUUUAAGAAUUACUUUGGCCGCAAAGUGGCAGUUGAUGCUUCCAUGUGUAUUUACCAGUUUCUUAUUGCUGUACGUCAAGAUGGAAGCAACUUAAUGAAUGAAUAUGGAGAAACCACGAGUCACCUGAUGGGAAUGUUUUACCGAACCAUUCGAAUGGUAGAGAAUGGUAUUAAACCAGUAUAUGUGUUCGAUGGUAAACCACCAGACAUGAAAUCAGGCGAGCUUGCGAAAAGAAAGGAGAGACGAGAAGAGGCUCAGAAACAGUUAGAGAAGGCAGAGGAAGCAGGUGAUGAGGAAAACAUUGAAAAAUUCAACAGGAGAUUAGUAAAAGUUUCCAAGCAACAUAAUGAAGAAUGCAAAGAAUUGUUGAAAUAUAUGGGAAUACCCUUUAUUAAUGCCCCUGGUGAGGCUGAAGCACAGUGUGCUGCCUUGGUUAAAGCAGGCAAGGUGUACGCCACAGGGACUGAGGAUAUGGACGCCCUCACCUUUGGCACCACCGUACUGCUAAGGAACUUGACAGUGGCUGAAGCCAGAAAGUUACCAAUCAAAGAGUACCACUACAACAGAGUUUUAGAGGAGCUGGGAUUAACCAAGGAUGAGUUCAUUGAUUUGUGUAUACUGCUUGGCUGUGAUUAUUGUGACUCCAUCAGAGGGAUCGGUCCAAAGAGAGCCAUUGAUCUGAUCAAACAGCACAAAACCAUUGACGAAAUACUCAAACAUUUGGAUUCCAAGAAAUACACUGUUCCUGAAGAUUGGAUGUACAAGGAGGCCAGAAGACUGUUUCAAGAACCAGAGGUGGCAGACCCCGAAGAACUAGAGCUCAAGUGGUCAGAGCCAGAUGAGGAAGGAUUAAUUGAAUUCAUGGUAACUCAGAAAAAUUUCAGUGAGGACAGAAUACGAAAUGGGAUGAAGAAGUUACAGAAAGCCAAGCAAGGAACCACACAGGGGAGAUUAGACUCCUUCUUCACCAUUGUUUCAACAUCCUCCACAAAGAGAAAGCAAGAGGAGCAGAAAGGUUCAGCAAAAAAGAAAGCUAAAGGAGGCGGAUACAAACGUGCAAAAUAGACACGAGUGCAGUGAGUGUUGACACUGGGAUCUUUUAAUUAUGUGGAUAUUCUUUUGACUGUAGGAAUUCAUUAUCUGACCACUGUGAUAAAGUGAAUACUGUGGAGAGACAUUCUGUGUGCACAAACAAUGAAACAGUUACUGGCUGAUCUUGUAGACAUACUAGUGUCCUAUUCCUGUACAAAUGUGACAAAAAAGGUAUUAAAAUAUAUACGACAUCAAAUUCAGAAAA